CGGUGGCGCGGGCGGCGGGCGGUGCGGGGCGGUCCGGCGGGUUCAAAGAGGAAAACAUGGCGGAAAACAAAGGCGGCGGCGAGGCUGAGAGCGGCGGUGGGGGCUGCGGCAGCGCGCCGGUAACUGCCGGGGCCGCCGGGCCCGCGGCGCAGGAGGCGGAGCCGCCUCUCGCCGCGGUGCUGGUGGAGGAGGAGGAGGAGGAAGGCGGCAGGGCGGGCACGGAGAGCGGCGCGCCUGGGCCCGACGACGGGGGGGUGUCCGCGGCCUCCUCCGGCUCGGCCCCGGCUGCCUCAGUCCCUGCGGCCUCAGUGGGUCCUGGAGUUCCCGCAGGGGCAUUACCGACGCCGGCCACAGCUCAGGCCGCGGCUCCCGCUCCAGGUCCCUCCGCGGGGCCGCCUCCCGGACCGCCAGCCUCGCUCCUGGACACCUGCGCCGUGUGUCAGCAGAGCUUGCAGAGCCGGCGUGAGGCGGAGCCCAAGCUGCUGCCCUGUCUUCACUCUUUCUGCCUGCGCUGCUUGCCCGAGCCUGAGCGCCAGCUCAACGUGCCCAUCCCCGGGGGCAGCAACGGCGACAUCCAGCAAGUUGGUGUAAUACGGUGCCCAGUAUGCCGCCAAGAAUGCAGACAGAUAGACCUUGUGGAUAAUUACUUUGUGAAAGAUACAUCUGAAGCUCCUAGCAGUUCUGAUGAGAAAUCAGAACAGGUAUGUACUAGUUGUGAAGACAAUGCAAGUGCAGUUGGCUUUUGUGUAGAAUGUGGAGAGUGGCUAUGUAAGACAUGUAUUGAAGCACAUCAGAGAGUAAAAUUCACUAAAGACCACUUGAUCAGGAAGAAAGAAGAUGUCUCAGAGUCUGUUGGAGCAUCUGGUCAGCGCCCUGUUUUCUGCCCUGUACACAAACAAGAACAGUUGAAACUUUUCUGUGAAACAUGUGAUAGAUUGACAUGUAGAGACUGUCAGCUAUUGGAACACAAAGAACAUAGGUACCAGUUUUUGGAAGAAGCUUUUCAAAACCAGAAAGGUGCAAUUGAGAAUCUACUGGCUAAGCUUCUUGAGAAGAAGAAUUAUGUCCAUUUUGCAGCUACUCAGGUGCAGAAUAGGAUAAAAGAAGUAAAUGAGACUAACAAACGAGUAGAACAGGAAAUUAAAGUGGCCAUUUUCACCCUUAUCAAUGAAAUUAAUAAGAAAGGAAAAUCUCUCUUACAGCAGCUAGAGAAUGUUACAAAAGAAAGACAGAUGAAGUUACUGCAGCAGCAGAGUGACAUCACUGGCCUUUCCCGGCAGGUGAAGCACGUUAUGAACUUUACAAAUUGGGCAAUAGCAAGUGGCAGCAGUACGGCGCUACUGUACAGCAAGCGACUGAUUACUUUUCAAUUACGUCAUAUUUUGAAAGCACGGUGUGAUCCUGUCCCUGCUGCUAAUGGAGCAAUACGUUUCCAUUGUGAUCCCACUUUCUGGGCAAAGAAUGUAGUAAAUUUAGGUAAUCUAGUAAUAGAGAGUAAACCAGCUCCUGGUUAUACUCCUAAUGUUGUAGUUGGGCAAGUUCCUCCAGGGACAAACCACAUUAGUAAAACCCCUGGACAGAUUAACUUAGCACAGCUUCGACUCCAGCACAUGCAACAGCAAGUGUAUGCACAGAAACACCAGCAGUUGCAGCAGCUGAGGAUGCAGCAGCCCCCCGCACCUGCACCGACAACUGCAGCAGCGCCGCAGCAGCACACGAGGCAGGCAGCCCCGCAGAUGCUCCAGCAGCAGCCUCCAAGAUUGAUCAGUGUGCAAACAAUGCAAAGAGGCAACAUGAACUGUGGAGCUUUCCAAGCCCAUCAGAUGAGAUUGGCUCAGAAUGCUGCCCGAAUACCAGGAAUACCCAGGCACAGUGGCCCUCAGUAUUCCAUGAUGCAGCCACACCUCCAAAGACAACACUCAAACCCAGGGCAUGCUGGACCCUUUCCUGUUGUGUCUGUGCACAACACCACAAUCAAUCCAACCAGCCCUACCACAGCUACUAUGGCAAAUGCAAAUCGAGGUCCCACCAGCCCAUCUGUUACAGCAAUAGAGCUAAUCCCCUCAGUUACCAAUCCGGAAAACCUUCCAUCGCUGCCAGAUAUUCCACCCAUACAGUUGGAAGAUGCUGGUUCAAGCAGUUUAGAUAAUCUACUGAGUAGGUACAUCUCAGGCAGUCACUUACCCCCACAGCCUACAAGCACUAUGAAUCCCUCCCCAGGACCCUCUGCCCUAUCUCCAGGAUCAUCAGGUUUAUCCAAUUCUCACACACCUGUAAGACCCCCUAGUACCUCUAGUACUGGCAGUCGAGGCAGCUGUGGCUCAUCAGGAAGAACUGCUGAGAAGGCAGGUCUUAGUUUCAAGUCUGAUCAAGUGAAGGUCAAGCAAGAACCUGGGACUGAAGAUGAACUAUGUAGCUUUUCAGGAGCUGUGAAACAAGAAAAGACAGAGGAUGGCAGGAGGAGCGCCUGCAUGUUGAGCAGUCCUGAGAGUAGCUUGACACCACCUCUCUCAACCAACCUACAUUUAGAGAGUGAGUUGGAUGCAUUAGCAAGCCUGGAAAACCAUGUGAAAACUGAACCUACAGAUACGAAUGAAAGCUGCAAACAGUCAGGGCUCAGCAGCCUUGUUAAUGGAAAGUCCCCGGUUCGAAGCCUCAUCCACAGGCCAGCAAGGAUUGGGGGAGAUGGCAGCAGCAAAGAUGAUGACCCAAAUGAAGACUGGUGUGCUGUCUGCCAAAAUGGAGGGGAUCUCUUGUGCUGUGAAAAAUGUCCAAAGGUCUUUCAUCUAACUUGUCAUGUUCCAACUCUUCUCAGCUUUCCAAGUGGGGACUGGAUAUGUACAUUUUGCAGAGAUAUUGGGAAACCAGAAGUUGAAUAUGAUUGUGAUAAUUUGCAACAUAGUAAGAAGGGGAAAACUGCACAAGGGUUAAGCCCCAUGGACCAAAGGAAAUGUGAACGUCUUCUGCUUUACCUCUAUUGCCAUGAAUUAAGUAUUGAAUUCCAGGAGCCAGUUCCUGCUUCGAUACCAAACUACUAUAAAAUUAUAAAAAAACCAAUGGAUUUAUCUACCGUGAAAAAGAAGCUUCAGAAAAAACAUUCCCAACACUACCAAGUCCCAGAAGACUUUGUGGCGGAUGUCCGUUUGAUCUUCAAGAACUGUGAAAGGUUUAAUGAAAUGAUGAAAGUUGUUCAAGUUUAUGCAGACACACAAGAAAUUAAUUUGAAGGCUGAUUCAGAAGUAGCUCAGGCAGGGAAAGCAGUUGCAUUGUACUUUGAAGAUAAACUCACAGAGAUCUACUCAGACAGGACCUUCGCACCUUUGCCAGAGUUUGAGCAGGAAGAGGAUGAUGGUGAGGUAACUGAGGACUCUGAUGAAGACUUUAUACAGCCCCGCAGAAAACGCCUAAAGUCAGAUGAGAGACCAGUACAUAUAAAGUAAAAUGACAUGAACUUAAACCAAUUGUUUAAAAAAAAAAAAAAAGAAAGAAACUUUAUUUAAAAUGUUGCUGGAAUAUCCUGCCUACAGUGGGCACCUCCUGGAAGAAGGUGAUAGCUUUUACACAGUAUUAGAUUGAAAUAAUGGACAGAAAACACUUUCUUGUCAAGAAAGGGGGAGAGAACUCUAUGUGCAACUUUAAAAGUAAAAACAAAAAGCAAAAGUGAAAUGAUUUGAAGAUUUCUGUUACUGAAGAGGAAUUCUUUAGAAUGGGCAGAUGCUGAACAUGUGGUAUUGAUUGGUGCAGGACAUUGGGUGUAUAAGUAAAAUACUUGAAGGACAUGUCACUUAAUGAAUUGUCUCUUUGGCCUAGAGCACACAGUUAUUGAAACAACUUUUAUCCCUCCCCCUCCACAUCCAUAUGUACUAGUUUGUUUUCUAGUUAAAAUCAAAGUUGCUCAGAUUCCUCUUUGAUGUCAGUGCAGAUGUGCAUUGAAUUGUGCCGUUACAUUUUUUUCUCAUUUUGAUGCUGUUGGGCGUUAGUUUUUAUAUUGCUUUAAAGAACCAACAGUAGUUUUAUUUUCUAUUCAUACUUAAAAUCUAGGAUACAUGAUCAUUGAUCAUCAUUUAAUCACCUUUAGUGGUCUACUGAAAUAAAGCUAUGGUACCUUUUCAGUAGCAGAUCAUGAUUGUUACAGUAGUCAUUUCCAGAAAACAGCUUCCACAGAAUUGCAUUUCCUAGUCAGGUCAUCUGAUCUUACAGUUAUUCCCAUGAAAGGCAGAAUGUUUGUUUCAGAAUUAAUCUAGUUUUCUGUACAUUUAAAUUUGAUUAGGAAGGUGACAACUGGCUCUUACCCAGUCUUCCUCCAUAUCAGUUUUCUGAUAGACUCACUAUUGGCAAACAGUAAUCUGUCCGCUACCAAAUGUGUAAGAUUUUCUGUAUUCACUUUGUCUUAUUUGUAAAUAGUGAACUAAAACUUCUGGCAGAUCAGCAACAUUUGCUGAGCUUGUUUUUUAAUCUAAUGUGUAUUCUUACUAAUGUUCCUAUCAAGAAUGGAUUUGUAAUAUAUGCUGUCUAUUUCUAAUGUUCACAUUCAUAUUUUGAGGUUCUACCUUAUUUUAAUAGAGAACAGACUUCUCAGAAAAUCUUCAGAAGCAGCUUAUUAUUAAAAUAUCAAAAUAUUGAAAUAAACCCGGUGGGGUUAGAUUACUCAUCUGUCCACCAAGUGGGACAUUUGCAUGGACUGGGGGCUUAAAGGACUUAGAAGAGACCUGUAAGUAAAUCCUGAAAAAUGAGCCAAUCCCCACUUGAAUGGUUACUGGAGUAAACCCACCCUUACUACCCUGAUUGCAGCAUCCGAGGCAGAUAAACCACCUUGGUUCUGUUUCAUUUUUCUUCUCCAUUUGUGCUGCUCAGAUCCAAGAUGUAUGUUCUAGACUGUGUACAGGCUUCUCUUUUGUUGGGUUAAAAUUUUCAGUGCUGCUUUUUUGUAUGGACAUGUUAGAAUAUAAAGUGACCAAAAUAGAAGACUUGCCAUUAGUUAUUUUUCAGAUGUCAGCAGAUUUGUGGCAAAUCAUUUGCCCUUUUGAAAAUUCAGCUUCGGCAGAUAAUACAUUAGACUACUCAGAAAAAAUUAUUUAACAUAAUUGUCUAAGAGGUAAAUACUUUUUUAGUGCAUAUUGAAUCAAAUAAAGUGCUCUAAAGAAUAACUAUACAAAUUCCUUUGGGUUGUUUUUCUUUUCUUAAUAAGUGGUGGGGGUAAACAUGAAUAUUAUUCAGGCUUUCUGGUGGUAUAUUUAAAGUUUUUUAUUAUAGCUAUUAACUUACUUUCAUACUGUGACUUCCUUUUAGCUUCUCUUUCAGUUUUGUUUUAAAGUAAACUUGAAAAUAUAUACUAAACUGAUUUAUCAUUUUACUUAAAUUUCAAAUUCCUAAGAGGAGUUUUCUUAUAAUAGAGAAAAUUCUUUAAAAAUGUUUUUAUCUUUGCAUAUUUUCCUCUUUUCCACACAUUCAUGAUUUCAGUUUACCAGGAGACAUCAAAGGACACAUUUUUGGAAAGUGCUAAGUAGCAAUGUAGCUUCACUUUGUCAAGCCAUUGAGUUCUAGUAUUUUAUACCUGUUCUUUAUAUGAAUCCUUUUCAUGAUUCUUAGACAACAGGCAUGCGUAGGUUCUACCAAUGGGGGGAAAAACAAUUUUAAGUAAAUAUUUAUUUCUUUAUACUUGGGGCUUUAAGAGAUAAUGUGUUUCCUUCAAAACAUUUCCAUGUUAAAUGGAGGUUUUUUAAUUCGGUUUUUUUUUUCUUUUUUGGUUCUUAAAAAGCCACUUAAUUGUUAAUGUCUGAUAGGCUCCAUUUCUGUUAAGAGAACAUAACUCAGACUGCUGAGGAAUCACUAUUACUAACUAUCAAGCAGCCACCAUUAAAUGAAGGUGUUUACUUUAGAUUUCAUUAAAGCUUUUUUCUUGUGCACUGGUCAUUUUGUUUCUAAGUUUAUUUGUUCAGCACUGUCUAAUAUAGCUGUUAAAAAGUAUAAAAACUUUGAUAUUAAGAUAUCUUACAUGUUUUCCUAUUAAUUUAUGUUUUGAAAAAAGACAAAUAUUGAAUAUCAGUCCAUGAAGGCAGUUUGUUUUGAUACAUUCUUGCAGCUGCAUUCUUUGUUAAGAGGCACUAUUUUCAACUUAGAGAUGUUAAUGUUUCCUGAAGAGCUUGCACAAUUUUUGCCAAAUUGAAGUUUCCGUCUCCCAUCAGAACACUAAGAACAAAAUGUUCCUCAGUCUCUUCUGCUGGCCUAAAUUUGUAUUUUUUAGCACUUGGCUCAGCUGAUUCACUAAGUAAAGGGGUUGCUUUGCAGGGUGAAGCAUGUGUGUGUUCCAAAGCAUGGUUCGAUUGUAGGUCAUGCUCUAUAUAGAAACAUCAAGUGUUGCUACAGAGAAAGGAUAAGACAUUAGAUCUACUAUUGAAAUUACCCUUUUUCGAACCAACAAGGUACUUUUCUGACUUCUGUUUCAUAGCUAAGGGAACUUUAAAUAAAUUUUAAGUCAAUUAAUUCUUACUUUUUGUUUUAACAGUUUCUGAGAUUUUUAGUUAAUCCAAAGAGGUAGUAGUGCUUCUAAAUAGAAGCAAAAAGUUUAUAAUGUGCAAAUUGUAGAUCUAUCAAUUACCUCAGCAGGUAUCCUGCCAUGUAAUUAUUCAUGAUUAGUGUUAAUUAGCCAAUAGAUUUAGGUCUUCUGACUAUGCCCUUGGAUUAUGACCUGCCAUAUAUUACUAAAGAGUCUCUUAGUAUUCAGAAUGGAAGUUGAUGGUGUGACCGCCCCCUCUUACCCACUCCCACUGAUAUCUAGCACAUAAAAUAAAGUCUCUUGUCAUUUCCUGUCAGUGCUGCUUAUUUGCAUACUCAGCAUUGGAUCAGUCAGGAGUUUUAUCAAACACAUCCACCCCAACUCUGCUAAUUAAAGCAACCAAAUUCUUUAAUUCAUACCAUUUGUAUUAAUAAUCUGCUGAAGGUGAUCCAAGGUUUUCAAGGUGUAUCACAGUUUGAUCAUGUUAGCAGACCUGGAUGUUUUAUUUCUCUCUCUCAGUUAUCUCCUCUUUGAUAAAGCAAUAACACUGCUUUAAGUCUGUUGCCUAAUAGCAUGUCACAAUCCUAUACUGGAUGGUGAUUUUAUAGGAAAGUUUGUAUGCAUAUCACCCAGUCUAUCUUUUACAAAUUAAGAAAUUUAAAUGUAUUCUGGAACUAAUGACAAUAUAUUGUGGCAUUUUAUUUUAAAAAUUGGGGAAAGUUGCAUAUUUUUUUAAAAGUAGGUAUUUGAGUAAAAAGUUGAAGGUACUUUUUUAAGAAGAAAAUGUAUAUGCCACAGUUUACAUAGACAUUUCAGAAUUCAACAUGUACUCUUAGAUAUAAUAAUGGUUUCUUUUACUUGGUCAAAAUGCAUGUAUAGCAUUUCUUCCAUCUUAGUUCCUUGUGUUUGCCUUCGGGGUCUUUUAUAUGUUUUUUAUUGUGUCUGAGAAACAAUUAUCUUCAAAAAAAUCAAUUUGGAUAUAUUUGUCAUAAACUAUAAAAUGUACAAAAUUAAGUUUAGCCCUUUUUAAAUAAGUAAUCUUAAAAAUUAAAAAUGACGUUCUUUUAAAUUCACGAAAUUUGUAUGUGGGGAAGGCACUGAAAUGAUUUUGUGAGUGCCACUGCAAUAUUCCCUUUCAAGUGUGGCCUAAAUUUCAAUCUUAAGAAUAAAAUGCAUGUCUGCUCCUGGUCUGAAAAAUGUAGGCAUUUACUAUGUUUUAAAUCACAGUGAAACAUAUAUAUAAGCCUAUAAAAAAAAGAUUUGUGCAAUCUGAAAGCCUGUUGAUUUUCUGUGUAGAUAUACCUACACAUGAAAUGGUUAAAUUCACAGCCUUAUUAGUUCUUUGCUUCCAGUAUUUCAACUGGUUUCCUCCCCUCAUUAUUAUUUCUACUACUACAACUAUUAUUUUUGCACAUAAGUACCCUUCAAUAUAAUUAUUAAAGAAAAAGUGCUGUUUCUGUGGUAUUGUAUUCUCUAAAUAAUCAUAUUUAAUUUUUUAAAUAAGGUUGCAGUUUCUAAUUGUUCCGUUCCUGUAUUUUUGCUGGUGUGUAAUAAAAACAAGAUUCCCUUUUCAUGGUUAUUUAAUACAUUAGCUGCCUGUAAAUAUUUCUUGUUACAAUGCUCUGGAAUGUGUUAUAGAAGUUGUAUUAGAUUAGGUUAAAGCCUUGUUUGAAAGUCACAUUGUUUUAUUUCUAUUAAAUUAGAAAAUUGAAAAUGUU